UGUAACGUCGCCGCCCUUCAAGGUUCAAGGAAAAGCGUCGCUCGGUCAGUCGCCAUCUGACAAGGAUGCAUUUCGUGGAUUUUGUGUCCGGAUCGUUUGCAGGAGCGUGUGGCGUGGCAGUGGGUUACCCUCUGGACACUGUGAAGGUACACCAACCCCAUCCGCGAACACGACGUCGUCACAGUGUCCCGUCUCAUGCGUCCACGUCUCGCCGGUUGUCUCCCGCAGGUCCGGGUGCAAACGCAGAGGCAGUUCACCGGGAUAUGGCAGUGCGUGGCUGUGACGUUUUCCAAAGAAGGGGUAAGAACAGGUGCACGGCUUCUUCAAAGGAAUGACCUUGCCCCUGACCACCAUCACUCUGACGUCCUCGGUGGUGUUCGGCACGUACAGGAACUGCCUGCAGUGUCUGAGUCAGGCGCGCGGAGCUUGUUCCGGUCCGAGCGGCAAGCUGGAUGUCUUCCUGUCUGGCAUGGCGGCGGGAGUGGCUCAGACAUCCGUGAUGGCGCCGGGCGACAUCGUGAAAGUGCGUCUGCAGUGUCAGACGCAGCCGAAGCAAGGAGGAGGAGGAGGAGGAGGAGGCAUCACUUUCAAACCCAAGUACCGAGGUCCAGUCCACUGUCUUCUUAGCAUUGUCCGGGAGGAGGGCUUCAGGGGUCUCUACAGAGGAGCGCUGCCACUGAUGCUGAGGGACUCCAUGUCGUUCGCCACCUACUUCCUGACCUACGCCACGGUGUGUGAAUUGCUGACCGAGACCGGCAAGAAAAGGCCGAGCCAAACUGUUUGCUCUCCCUCUCGACGUUACUUCAGGCUGGAGCGGCGUGAUGCUGGCCGGCGGCGUGUCGGGAGUGGUGGGCUGGACGUUGGGCACGCCGAUGGACGUGAUCAAAUCUCGCCUGCAGAUGGACGGCGAGCUGGGGACGAGGAGGUACAAGGGCUUCUUUCACUGCAUCGCGGACACGGCGAGGACGGACGGCGCCGGCGUGUUCUUCAAGAGCCUCGGCAUCAACUGGUUGCGAGCGUUCCCCGUCAACAUGGUGGUGUUUGUCGCGUACGAGGGGCUCAGCGGUCUUCUCCGAGGCGGAGACGCGCACGCCGACCCUCCUCCUGUUUAGGGGGGGGACUCGUCUGCUGUUAGUGGAGGCGCCGGUCCGUACACGGAAACGGGCAAAGACAUUUGGGACGGAAAAAGGGGCGGGUGCUGUGACUUCACAGAGCGAUUGGGUUUAACAUUUAGCCGGGUUGUGUCGCGUGUCCUAUAUGGGGCUCCCAUAAUGCAGCGCUGCCCACCGUUCACCACUAGAGGGCCUCGCAGGCCCACUUUUUACAGCUUCUGCUUCCUUAUUCUCGCUGCAUUCUUAAGACCAGACGUUUUUCCCGAGAAGAGCUUCCAGACUUUAAUUUAUGAUGUAACACAUAAUGUUGUCAUAUUUUGACAGAUGAACUGUGUGAACCGCGUGUGCGUGUCGCUAUUGCACACAACAAAUGUUACUGCUGUUAUGAACAAACCUGAUCAAGGCGACUUGCGUCCGUCAGUUGUUUGAUUCACGUUACAACUUCUACAUAUCUAGUGCUGUUACCGAGUGCUGUUCUGCAGGUGAAGGUUGGCUCCUCAGAGUGGGGGGGGGGGGUCUCUCUCAAUCAGGGUUUCUUUUCCAAAAUGUACAUUGUGCUUUGUGUAUCAGGCCCCUUUUGCAGGAUAUCACGGCGCAGUGAACUCUGCUUCAAAACGAAUUUAUGGUCCCGUUUCAUUCGGUGUGUCACAGUGAUUCCUUCCUGGAACGAGGCCGUAACUAAGGUCAUUAUUUACACUUGGGUUCAUUCAGCGACAACAUGAAAAUGCAUAAUGUGCCUUCUGCAAUAAAGGAAUACACAAAAAAAACA